AUGGCAAGAGCUACAAGUCAGCUGUAUGAUGUCGUGCCCAUUCAGCCCAGCGUUGUCAUUUGUUCCCGCUCGCAUCCAUCAAUGGUAAGGAACCACCCCGACUUGAGCAGCAGCCACUGUCCCGGCAUGGAGGGCUCGCCCUCAGAGCCCCGCGCUGUGGGACCGUCCGCCGGCGGUCAGGGCUCCAGCUUUCGCGCCCAGAAGGUGGUGCAGGCGCCUCAGCCUCGCAAGAAGAAACCAGAGGACUUCAAGUUCGGCAAAAUUCUGGGAGAGGGCUCCUUCUCGACGGUUGUCCUGGCAAGAGAGCAGGUAACUGGCAAAGAAUAUGCAAUUAAAAUAUUAGAGAAGCGGCACAUCAUGAAGCAGAACAAAGCCCAGUAUGUGAAACGGGAAAGGGACUUGAUGUCCAAUCUCGAGCACCCGUUCUUCGUCAAGCUCUUCUUCACAUUUCAAGACGACGAGAAGUUGUAUUUUGGUCUCAGCUACGCAAAAAAUGGGGAACUCCUAAAAUACAUUCGUAAAAUCGGUUCUUUUGAUGAGACCUGCACUAGAUUCUAUUCAGCGGAAAUUGUUAGCGCUCUAGAAUAUUUGCACAAUAAGGGAAUUAUCCAUAGAGAUCUGAAACCAGAGAAUAUUCUAUUGAGCGAAGAGAUGCACAUCCAGAUAACAGAUUUCGGGACAGCGAAACAGUUGUCAUCGGACAGCAAGCAAGCACGAGCGAACUCCUUUGUGGGAACAGCACAGUAUGUUUCUCCAGAGUUGCUAACAGAGAAAUCAGCCUGCAAAAGCUCUGACCUUUGGGCAUUAGGAUGUAUUAUCUACCAAUUGGUGGCUGGUCUACCACCUUUCAGAGCUGGAAACGAGUACUUAAUAUUCCAGAAGAUAAUAAAGCUGGAGUAUGAAUUCCCAGAGAAAUUCUUCCCCAGAGCCAAGGAUCUUGUCAAACAGCUUUUGUCACUGGACCCCUCGAAUCGGAUCGGGUGUGAAGAAAUGGGUGGGUACAACCCUUUGAAACAACACCCUUUCUUCGAUACCAUAUCGUGGAGCGACCUGCACAUUCAGACGCCCCCUAAACUCACCCCUUACCUGCCCGCCAUGUCGGAGGAUGACGAGGACUGCUACGGAAAUUACGACGACCUCCUGAGCCAGUUCAGCAACAUGCAGGUGGCCCAGUCCAGCUCGUCACACUCCCUGUCGCCGCAUGAGUCGACGCCGCCGCAACGGUCAAGCAGCAACAUCGAGCAGUACAUCCACGAUCUGGACAACAACUCCUUCGAGCUGGACUUGCAGUUCACCGAUGAGGAGAAGCUCCUGCUGCUGGACAAACAAACCUCUGGAAAUCCGUGGCACCAGUUUGUGGAAAACAACCUGAUUUUAAAAAUGGGUCCAGUGGACAAACGAAAGGGUCUAUUUGCCCGACGGAGACAGCUGCUCCUCACCGAAGGUCCACACCUGUACUAUGUGGAUCCUGUCAACAAGGUCCUGAAAGGAGAAAUCCCUUGGUCGCUAGAAUUACGCCCCGAGGCCAAGAACUUCAAAACCUUCUUUGUUCACACGCCUAACCGAACAUACUAUUUGAUGGACCCUAGCGGAAACGCCGACAGAUGGUGCAAGAAGAUCCAGGAAGUGUGGCGAAAGAUCUAUCAAAGACACCAAAACCCUGGCCUAUAG